CGCUGGAAGUAAGGGUAUGACGUGGCUCGUUCGGAUGCGUCAGGGCAGUCAAUCAGAGAACGCAUCACCUGCGCUUUGCACGACGGCGAAGCGGGCUACUGGACGACAACACGGCUGCUCCAUACCUUCCCCGGAGAGAUUGUUCGCAGCGGGAAUCCUUCUGGGCAAAGUGGACUACAGCCUGGCGAGGCGGAUUGCAGAACAGCAAGUCGACGCAACGGGACGCCAAAUUUGGCUACCUGAGGAGGGAUUUACGGGCUGCGGCGACGCGAGUUGCUGCAAGGCGGCCACCAUGCUGCGGAACAUCCAGCGCUACAAUGGGCUGUUCGGCACCUUGCACGACAUCGUGGACGAGGAGCACGGAUCGCUGUUCGAGGACCCAGUGCAAUGUGGGCGCCUCGCACAAGAAACCUCUGCGAAGAAGAAACUCCUGGAACGAGUCCGACAUCCCUGCUCCAACAGGCGUCCGUCUUGCUGCUGUGUCCAGCCAUCGAAACCGUGCCUACGAGAUCAGCGAUUGCCGUGAUGCAGACCGUCGAAAGAAGGAAGUGUUUGCAAUCAAUUUUAAUUUCACUGGCAGUGCUGGCACAUGCUACAAGACUUGGACCACAGUGCCCCAGCAUGUCAGAGCAAUGGUGGAACAAACGAUAAUUUAGAAAUAUGCUAAUUUUUCUGCCAUUCGCUUGUGCUAGCACAAAACCAACGGGUUGAAAAAUGUUUGCUCUUUUAUUUACCCAUUUGUGCAGCAAAUUAAUAAUUCUGUAAUGAAAACGAUGUCGUACCACUAAUUGGUAUAUCUAAUAAAACCAGAUUUAGGUGUC